AUGGAGGCGUUUCGUGCUAAGAGUGUCACAUCCAUACAUGGCGGCAAAAGCAUCAAGUGCCGGGUUGACUUCGAGAUGAGGUCUCUAAUUGUUGAUGUGGAGAACUGCUUGCAGGCAUUUGUCGGUGUAGCUCACAAUCUAAAUUCCAUAAUAGUUGCAAUCAGAGGAACUCAAGAGAACAGUGUGCAGAAUUGGAUCAAGGACUUGGUAUGGAAGCAGCUUGAUCUAAGCUAUCCAGACAUGCCAAAUGCAAAGGUGCACAGUGGAUUUUUCUCCUCCUAUAAUAAUACAAUUUUGCGUCUAGCUAUCACAAGUGAUGUGCACAACGCAAGAAAGACAUAUGGGGAUAUUGGUGUCAUAGUCACAGGGCACUCAAUGGGAGGAGCCAUGGCUGCCUUCUGUGCACUCGAUCUUGCUGUAAGUACACAAGAUCCAAUGUUUCACAAAUACAUUCAAUGUCCAGACUCUUAAUUCCUUCC